GCGCUCGCUGUCAGAUCACAUCUUCGAAGCCGUGCGAGAGUCGCGGUGUGUUAAAAUAAUUUAUUAAAAUCAAAUAACAAAAUGAGGGAAAUCGUGCAUCUCCAAGCCGGUCAGUGCGGCAACCAGAUUGGAGCUAAGUUCUGGGAGAUCAUCUCCGACGAGCACGGCAUCGACCCCACCGGUGCCUACCACGGAGACUCCGACUUGCAGUUGGAACGCAUCAACGUCUAUUACAAUGAAGCCUCGGGUGGCAAAUAUGUGCCCCGCGCCAUCCUCGUCGAUCUUGAGCCCGGCACCAUGGAUUCUGUCCGCUCAGGACCUUUCGGACAGAUCUUCCGCCCAGACAACUUCGUCUUCGGACAGUCUGGUGCUGGAAACAACUGGGCCAAGGGACAUUACACAGAAGGCGCUGAACUCGUCGACUCAGUACUUGACGUAGUCCGCAAGGAAUCAGAAUCAUGCGACUGCCUACAAGGCUUCCAGCUCACACACUCCCUUGGCGGUGGUACCGGUUCAGGAAUGGGAACACUUCUCAUCUCAAAGAUCCGUGAAGAAUACCCCGACAGAAUCAUGAACACAUACUCAGUCGUCCCCUCGCCCAAAGUAUCAGACACCGUCGUUGAACCCUACAACGCGACUCUCUCGGUUCACCAGCUAGUAGAAAACACAGACGAAACCUACUGUAUCGACAACGAGGCUCUGUAUGACAUCUGUUUCCGUACACUCAAACUGUCCACACCCACUUACGGUGAUCUCAACCACUUGGUUUCACUUACAAUGUCUGGUGUCACAACUUGCCUUAGGUUCCCCGGUCAGUUGAACGCUGAUCUUCGCAAACUGGCUGUCAACAUGGUUCCCUUCCCACGUCUCCACUUCUUCAUGCCUGGAUUCGCUCCUCUCACAUCCCGUGGCAGCAGACAAUACCGUGCUCUGACCGUACCCGAGCUCACCCAGCAGAUGUUCGACGCCAAGAACAUGAUGGCGGCCUGCGACCCGCGCCACGGCCGCUACCUCACCGUCGCCGCCAUCUUCCGUGGACGCAUGUCCAUGAAAGAGGUCGACGAGCAGAUGCUCAACAUCCAGAACAAGAACUCGUCAUACUUCGUGGAAUGGAUCCCGAACAACGUGAAGACUGCCGUGUGCGAUAUCCCGCCCCGUGGCCUCAAGAUGGCUGCCACCUUCAUCGGCAACUCCACCGCCAUCCAGGAGCUGUUCAAGCGCAUCUCGGAGCAGUUCACGGCUAUGUUCAGGCGCAAGGCUUUCUUGCAUUGGUACACCGGCGAGGGCAUGGACGAGAUGGAGUUCACGGAGGCCGAGAGCAACAUGAACGACCUGGUGUCCGAGUACCAGCAGUACCAGGAGGCCACCGCCGACGAGGACGCCGAGUUCGACGAGGAGCAGGAGCAGGAGAUCGAAGACCACCACUAAAUGUUCGCGAUAAAAAGCUCAUCGCUUUAAAAGUACAUGCCAUUAUAUGUCUUGUUACUUUUUGUUUAAGUAACAUUAAUGAUUCCUAUAAAUACCUACUGAGUAUUGAUUAGACAUGCUUUCUAACUUUUAACAGAAGCACGACUAAAAUUUCCCGGUCAUGACAUAAUAUGAAUCGAAAGCAUUUGUAUUGUUAAAUACAUUCCUUGUGAUUCUACCAAGCCUCGUUAAGAGCUAGAUCUGAAAUUGUAAAGGCUGAUCUAUUAUAUAGACAUCUCUUUAUGUAUUUAUGAAGUUUGGACGCCACGCCAAGGGCCAAACGUGAAUAAUUAUGAAGGCUUCAAUAACCGAAGUUUUAUUACGAUUAAAAUUGUUUUGAACAAUAUAAUUUAAUGUAUAUAAUAAAGUUUUUAUUUAUUUAA